AUGGAACCAAUUUUGGAGAAACUAUUUAAUCAAACGUUAAAAAAUAACGUUCUAAAAGAAUCCAGUAUUCUACUUAUAGGAAAUUGUUCUGGAUUUUCGGACCUCUUGGGCAAAUGCAACAUCCAUUCCAUUUCGAAAGAGAGUAAAAACUGUCCGUUCAUUUCGUCUCCGAUUGUCAAUUGCUAUGAAAUAUCUUAUGAGUGCUUUGCUCUGUAUACAGACAUAGGAGAAAAAAGCCAUAUAAUUCACGUAUGGCAGUCGUCCUGUAUAACAGACCAACUAUUACAAUUCUUUGUGCACCAGUCAUUACGUUCGCAUGGACUGGAUGCAUUAUGGGUGAUAUAUGUGAAUCAUGUAUUUUUCGAAAAUCCAAAAGGUUUUGCAAAGGAGCUUCUGGAAGUUUUACGAGUCUGUCAGCACUCUAUUAGCGAAUUUCAUCAGGAAUUCUUCAUAACACGAGACAAGCGGCAAAAAAUUAUGAACCAAUAUCAUAGUCUUUUCUCAACAAUCGCUCCCGAUGAAUUUAGCUCAUUUUUCAACUUUACAUUAAUCUUACCCCAGCUUGAUGAUGACAAUGAAACGCCUUCUAUGAACGACGAUAUGAAAGACUUUAUACAACAGUUUGCUCGAAGUCUAUUGCUCCUGAUUCCCACAUCUUCUUUAAUGUACCUUUCGUCGAAUCCAUAUUCAUGGGACAAUUUUAAAAGUCUGCUAAAGCUCUAUCUCUUAAAUGAUGAAUCUGGUAUAAUUCAAGAAAACCAUCGUAUUAUAGCUGUAAAUACGAUUGAAAAUGAUAGACUUUUAGUUCCGCCUUGUUGGGACACAAUGCAAAAAAUUCAAAACGUCAAUCUUAAGUUCCAAACUGUUGUCGUUGAUGUGGCUACAAAACAGCUUCAUCAAGUUUUUGAGACGGACGACUUGAUCAUUUAUUAUGAAAGCAAUUUCCAUAAUCAGAGAGACAAUCAGCGGAUACCGGAUGAUGAAUUAGACUUUCCUUGCAAAUCACACCAGCAAUUUCUAAUGGAAUUACUGAACAAAUACAAUGGCUUUCAAGGCCAUGAAGGUGCUACAAAGCAGCUUCAUCGCAAUCAAAAUCCACUCAUCCAAGAUGACCAAGAUGAAAUUUCAUUAAGUAAUAUAUCUAAAAAAUUAAACGUCGGACAAAAUCAUGAGUCCAAUAACGCUUUAUCAAUCUUUUUUUCUGAUAUUCUAAACGAGAAUAUAAAUUAA